AUGGCCGAUAACGACGAACUUCUCGAUUACGAAGAAGCUGAUGAGCAGGAAGAAAUAAUUACAAAUGGAGCCGGCGACGGAACCAUUCAGAAGAAGGAACUGAAGGGAACGUACGUGUCCAUUCACAGUUCAGGGUUCAGAGAUUUCCUUUUGAAGCCUGAAUUAUUAAGAGCGAUCGUUGAUUGUGGUUUUGAACAUCCAUCUGAAGUUCAACAUGAGUGUAUACCCCAGGCAAUUCUUGGCUUGGAUGUUGUAUGUCAGGCAAAAUCUGGUAUGGGUAAGACAGCCGUCUUCGUGUUGGCAACACUUCAACAACUAGAGAUUGUCGACAAACAAGUUUCCGUUUUGGUGAUGUGUCAUACAAGAGAAUUAGCCUUCCAAAUAAGUAAGGAAUACGAAAGAUUCAGCAAGUAUAUGAAUGGUGUCAAGAUUGCUGUCUUCUUCGGUGGAAUGGCAAUAACAAAAGACGAAGCGACUUUGAAGAACAACUGUCCCCACAUUGUUGUUGGUACCCCUGGAAGAAUUCUUGCUCUGGUUAGGGGUAAGAAUUUGGAUCUGAAGCACUUGAAGCACUUCAUUCUUGAUGAAUGUGACAAGAUGUUGGACCAAUUAGAUAUGAGAAGAGACAUCCAAGAAAUCUUCAAAGUAACACCUCACGAGAAGCAAGUCAUGAUGUUCUCUGCCACACUCGGAAAGGAUAUUAGGCCUGUCUGCAAAAAAUUCAUGCAAGAUCCAAUGGAAGUAUACGUGGACGAUGACUCCAAAUUAACAUUACACGGUCUCCAACAACAUUAUGUAAAACUGAAGGACAAUGAAAAGAAUAGAAAGUUGUUUGAGUUAUUGGAUGCUCUUGAAUUCAACCAGGUGAUCAUAUUUGUCAAGUCCAUACAGAGGUGUGUGGCUCUUUCUCAGCUGCUCGUCGAACAAAACUUUCCUGCCAUUGCCAUCCACAAAGCAAUGAGUCAAGAUGACAGGUUGAGUCGUUAUCAGCAGUUCAAAGAUUUCCAGAGUAGAAUACUAGUUGCAACUAAUUUGUUUGGCAGAGGGAUGGAUAUUGAAAGGGUCAACAUUGUCUUCAACUAUGACAUGCCUGAAAACUCUGACACUUAUCUUCACAGGGUUGCUCGUGCUGGCAGGUUCGGUACAAAGGGAUUGGCUGUGACUUUUGUGUCAGAUGAAACUGAUGCCAAGGUGCUGAAUGAGGUGCAGGAGAGGUUUGAAGUCAACAUCACCGAACUACCUGAUGCCAUUGACCACACUACUUACAGUACGUUUAGCUCAUUAUUUCAAAAUUAUUGUAAUAGCUAA